AAUACUAGCCAGAAAAAAAAAAAAAAAAAAAAACCAACUACCACCACGAUCACCACCAACCGUUUUAUUUCAGAGGAGUGAAAACGACGCCGCAUCUGAAACCUUUUCUUUACUCUUCAACCAAGCUGCUGCUCAUUCAUCCCUUUCUCUCUCUUUUUGGUUUCAUUAUUAAACACACCAAAAAAAAGAAUUUCAAAUUAUUGGUUUUAAGGUGAUCGUAUUUAUGAUCACGUCGUAGCUCUCUAUUCCACGCCAUUGUUCUUCUGUUUAACUCGUUUUGAGGAGGUUAUUGUUUGAUCUAGGGAAGAAAUGGUUGUUUCUGGGCCAAUUACGCCUGGACAGGUGUCUUUUCUUUUAGGAAUUCUUCCUGUUUUCGUUGCAUGGAUAUAUUCAGAGUUCCUAGAAUACAAGAGAUCUGCAUCUCAUUCUAAAGUCCAUGCAGACAAUAAUCUGGUUGAAUCAGGAGAUGAGAAAAUUAAAGAAGAUGACCGGGCUCUUUUGCUUGAAGGAGGUCUCACUAGAUCAACAUCUGCUAAAGUCCAUAGUUCAACCAUCAAAACAAACUUGAUUAGGUUUUUGACUAUGGAAGACUCUUUUCUGUUGGAAAAUCGAGCAAUUUUGAGAGCAAUGGCUGAAUUUGGUGCUAUCCUAGUGUACUUCUAUAUAUGUGACCGCACAAAUUUACUAGGAGAAUCUGCCAAGAAAUACAACCGCGACCUUUUCCUCUUCCUCUACGCUAUUCUCAUCAUAGUUUCAGCAAUGACUUCCUUGACGAAACAUAAUGAUAAAUCGGCAUUCUCUGGAAAGACCAUGCAAUACCUCAGUAGGCAUCAGACUGAAGAGUGGAAAGGAUGGAUGCAGGUCCUAUUUCUAAUGUACCAUUAUUUUGCUGCAACGGAGAUAUAUAAUGCAAUACGUGUCUUUAUUGCCGCAUAUGUUUGGAUGACUGGAUUUGGAAACUUCUCAUACUAUUAUAUUAGAAAGGAUUUUAGUUUAGCACGUUUUACCCAGGUAAUAUUCUCUCUUUGGGUUAUAAUGCCAUAUCAGCACUCCAGCCGUGUAGUUUAUAUAUCGGUGAACCAAAGAUCCCUGUAUAACUUUGAUUUGAUGCAGAUGAUGUGGCGACUAAACUUUUUCGUGGCAUUUUGCUGCAUUGUUCUCAACAAUGAUUAUAUGCUUUACUACAUCUGCCCGAUGCACACGCUUUUCACCCUGAUGGUGUAUGGAGCUCUUGGGAUUUUCAACAAGUAUAAUGAGAAGCCAUCGGUGAUGGCUGUGAAAUUUCUUGCAUGCUUUCUCGUAGUUAUCUUUAUUUGGGAAAUUCCCGGAGUUUUUGAAAUAUUCUGGAGUCCAUUGGCUUUCCUUUUAGGGUACACGGAUCCUGCAAAACCUGAUCUGCCUCGGUUGCAUGAAUGGCAAUUUAGAUCCGGUCUUGACCGCUAUAUAUGGAUAAUCGGAAUGAUAUAUGCUUACUAUCAUCCCAAUAUCGAGAAAUGGAUGGAAAAGUUGGAGGAAUGUGAACCCAAGAGAAAAUUCUCAAUCAAAGCAAGCGUUAUUUCGGUUUCUCUAUUCGUCGGGUAUCUGUGGUACGAAUAUAUCUAUAAGCUGGACAAAGUUACGUACAACAAAUUUCAUCCCUACACAUCUUGGAUUCCCAUCACUGUCUACAUUUGCUUGCGGAAUUCCACCCAGCAGCUUAGGAAUUACUCUUUGACUCUCUUCGCGUGGCUUGGCAAGAUAACUCUGGAGACAUACAUUUCUCAAUUUCAUAUCUGGUUAAGAUCAGACAUACCUAAUGGACAACCAAAAUGGCUACUUUCAUUUAUCCCGGAAUAUCCACUGCUCAACUUCAUGCUUACAACUGCCAUUUAUGUGUUGGUAUCUCAUCGACUUUUCGAAUUAACAAAUACGCUCAAGUCCGCUUUCAUUCCCACAAAAGAAAACCGACGACUACUAUAUAAUGUUAUAGCCGGAGUAGCCAUUUCCGUCUGUUUGUACUGCACCUCACUUAUUCUUCUUCAGAUUCCUCAUUCAACGGCCUGAGAAAACACGAUUCAUGAAUUAGAACCAGCUUUCACACGGGACAUACGAAAAAGAAAACGUAUACUUGGAGCAAAAAUAAAGAAAAAGGAACUUGGAAGGUAUCUUUAGAAUCUUCCUUUUGAACUAGAUGUUUCCGAUGAUUGCGAGUAAAAUAUGUCGUUUUUUUUCAUCUGUCGAGCCAAAACUAGAAGUCUUGGCUCCUGCUCUGCUGCUCGGGUCACCGAUGAUCGGAACAGGCGUAUAGGGACUAAAUCUUUCUUUUUCCUUUUUUACAUUUCUGCUGUAACAUUGCAAAAUUUUGCAUAUAUUGUGUUUUCUUUUUGUAUUAUUUUCGAGUCAUUCAUUGAAGAAAAUGUAGAUUCUAUGUGACAUAAUUUGAAAUCCAAUACUAAUGCAAUUGUUCUUUUUUUU